ACACACAGCUGGGCACUUGGGGAUAUUCUGUAGAAUUAGGGCAAACUGAUUGACGAGUGAUCAUACUGUUUCUUCAAUGUCUGCAUCAAAACGCAAUUUCUGAUUGUUCGUCUUCCAUCCUAUUCUCAGGUGGAAUCUAAAUCUCUACAGCAAGCUUCUACUUCCAUAUCCAUCCUUCUUUGAACUUUCUGUUGUGAUUAGUUGAUGGUGAAGUCAAGAGUUCCAUGAGUUAUUAGGAUACAUUUCUCCAUCAUCUUUGAUUCCCUGCAGCAGUACAGGGGUGUUACUGAUCAAACCAAAUCGGGAAAGGUGGGCGAGAGAAUGCAGAAGCUUGGCGAACUAAAGCUCCCUCCCUUCUUCAAUUAUCCACCAUACUUCACGUUGCAGCCUGUGAGGGAAACUCGAGAGAAGCAAAUACAACUAUGGAAGGAACUAAUUCUUGAUUACUGUCGAACGCAGAAGAUAUUUGUAGUUGGAUUAGAAGAAGACUUUCCACUCUUCUCAAAUCCUGCCAUAGAAAGGUCUCUAAAUCACGAGGCAAGAGUAGCUUUUCUCUCGGCUAUAGUUUCAGAUGGUCGUGCAGAAUGGAUGGAUAAGGGUCAUAGACGGUGUCUCAUCCUCUGGCAUCGGAUUCAAGACUGGGCAGACAUUAUAUUGCGCUUUGUGAAGGAGAAUGGAUUAGAGGACAGUGUAAUGACGGUGGAGGAAAUGCGUUCGGGGAUUGAGUCACGUGGAACAGACGUUCACGGGAUGGACCGUACAGUUUUAAUGAGAGCACUUAAACUUCUGGAAAACAAGGGAAAACUUGCAAUCUUCAAGGGAACUUCAACUGAUGAUGAAGGUGUAAAAUUUUCUGUUUGAAAGUAACAUGAACACAUAACGUAUUGCUAUGUACCCCCGUGGUUAUUUUUCUUUUUUCACGAAAACAACCGUUGGACCCUGCUUUCAAGUCAUAUGUAUUUGGGUUCAUUUAGUUUGGUUUGAUUCAAGGGGUGUCUGGGAUUGCUUAUUUAAAGUGUUGGUUAACUUAUUCCGCUGUGGUACCUGUAAUAAAGAGUUUUUAG